UCCCGACAGACACCGGAGGGAGAAUUUCUGCCGCUAGACCAGUGUGAACUGGAUGUUGGAUUUGGAACUGGAGCUGACCAGCUGUUUUUAGUUUCCCCAUUAACCAUCUGUCAUGAAAUUAACUCAAAGAGCCCCUUUUUUUGUCUCUCACAAAGAUCACUAAGAAGUGAGCAAUUUGAAAUAGUUGUCAUCCUUGAAGGAAUCGUUGAGACUACUGGAAUGACGUGUCAAGCUAGAACCUCGUAUACAGAAGAUGAAGUUCUUUGGGGUCACAGAUUCCUCCCGGUAAUGUCCCUAGAAGAUGGGUUUUUUCGUGUUGAUUAUUCUCAGUUCCAUGCUACGUUUGAAGUCCCCACUCCUCCUUACAGUGUUAAAGAGCAAGAAGAAAACCUGUCCCUAUCAUCUCCUUGGAAUAGUCCUGUCGACAAUAACAAAACCAGAAGAGAACAGGUGUGUUCACUUGACUGUAUUGAUACUGCAGGAGAGAAAAUCAAGCUCCCUUUUAAACUUCAGAAGAUCAGCUCAAGAAAGGAAGACCUUCCAAGAAGAGCCCUGAGAAUGAGUUCCAGUAACACAGAGAAGACUUGCAGUACUGGAGAUCUCUUGAAAAUUCAAGAAUUAAAUCUCAUCUCUGAUGGUGAAGACAGUGAUGACAGGAUACAGCUGAAAGCCUUAGAAAUAAAUGCCGGUGCUUUGACUCAGUCUACCAGCAGCCUCGAGUUACAGAAGAACACUCUGAGUAUGUGUGCUCUAGAGAUGAAAUUGGAAGAAAAUUUUCCUGCCAAACUUUGAAAAAUGAACUCUGAUCGCCUCUCUUAA